AACCCCGCAAGACCACGUGACUUGGGUCUUACUUCCUUAAAGAGUAAACAUAGGCAACCGCGGAGCACUGUUAAGAUAAACAAGCCAUGGCCGAUAAACUGUGUUAAGCUUUUAGUAUUACACAAAUAUACAGCUAUGUUACAUCUGCACAGAGCUGCAAAGCGGCUGGAAUACAGGAAAACCUAGAUCGAAGAAACUCCAAGGGUUUGUGUGCUGUGUGGGAAUGGGUUACAUUCCUUGCUGUUCCGAAUGGAGAAUAAAGGGAGCGACGAGGUGGAAACAUUGAAGACAAAGUUUGUGUCUGUGUGGCACAAUGUGAAGUAUAGUUGGGCUCUGAAAUCAAAGACCUCUUUCAGUAGAAAUUCCCCAGUGCUUCUCCUCGGAAAAUGUUACCAUUUUAAGGUGGAAGAUGACGACAGUGUUACAGAAGCGUGCAAUGAAGCCUGUGAGGAGGCGUCCGUUGUUGGGAACGUGGAUGCUUUCCGCAAGGAUUUUACGUCCCGGGUGUGGCUCACCUACAGGGAGGAGUUACCCCCUCUACCCGGCUCCACCCUGACCUCUGACUGCGGCUGGGGCUGCAUGCUGAGAGCCGGGCAAAUGAUGCUGGCUCAGGCGCUCAUUCUGCACUUCUUGGGCAGAGACUGGACUUGGUCGGAGGCGAUGACGCUGCAGCCUUUAGACACAGAGACGUGGACUGCCACCGCAGCCAAGCGUCUGGUGGCCUCUCUACAAGGAUCCUCCAGGCCCUCUGACCAAGGCUCAUCACCCCUGCACCAAACCCAGGCCGCGGGAUCUGCAGAGGAGGCGGAUGCACAUUUGAAAGAGAUGUACCACCGCACCCUGGUGUCCUGGUUCGGGGACAGCCCCUCGGCUCAGUUAGGCCUCCACAGGCUGAUCCGCACCGGCCUGACCAUGGGGAAACAGGCAGGGGACUGGUAUGGGCCUGCUGUGGUGGCACACAUCCUCAAGAAAGCUGUCGAGGAGGCGAUGGACCCUGGCUUGGCGGGUAUAACUGCUUAUGUCUCCCAGGACUGCACAGUGUACAGUGCUGAUGUCAUCGAUAGCCAUAGGGCACCAGGAGCAGGGCAGCCCUCUGCAGAGGGAUCCGAUGCCCCUCCCAUCUCACAGGGCGACCAACCGGUGUCAGCCUCCGCCCUGACUGACAGCCGAGCCGUCAUCAUCCUCAUCCCUGUGAGGCUGGGAGGGGAAAAGACAAACCCGGACUAUUUUAACUUUGCAAAGAGCAUACUGAGUCUGGAGUACUGCAUAGGCAUCAUCGGAGGGAAGCCGAAACAGGCCUGCUUCUUCGUAGGAUUUCAAGAUGACAGCUUGAUUUACAUGGACCCUCAUUACUGUCAGUCUUUUGUGGAUGUCAGCACCAGCGAUUUCCCUCUCCAGUCAUAUCAUUGCCCCUCACCGAAGAAGAUGCCUUUCAGCAAGAUGGACCCAAGUUGCACCAUAGGUUUCUACUCUAAAAGUGCUCAAGACUACGAGAGAAUCAGCCAGGAGCUUUCUAAGGUGCUGCAGCCGUCAGCCAAGGAGAAAUACCCCGCGUUCACUUUCGUCCAAGGUCACAGCAGAGAUUACGACCUGUCUGCAGGCCUGACCCCGGAGAAGAGAGAAUGGCCCUUUAUCCGUGACCCAUCGAGGACGGUCACCACUACCGGGGACUUUGUGCUGCUUUGACAGCGCUGUUUUAAAAGACUACUGACAGGGAACUUCUUUGAAUGAAUCCGAGUUUAAUGAACCCAAAGCUUUGUGUUUUAGUCUGCUGGGACACUGAUGCUUAUGGGAUUUUUUUAAAACUACAGUUAAUACCUCCUCAAAAUGUUGAUUCUGAUCAGACUUUACCCAAAAAAAAUUGUUUUGACUUGUUGUCUGGAACUGUGAGCUUCCGGAACAUUUUUAGGAAGCUUUUGGUGCUCAGAUUCUUUUUAAUGAGAUAAGAUGUCGUCUUAUGCAAAGCAACAUCUAGUGGAACUCAUUCUGCACCAAAUAUCAACACUUAUUUUGGAAGAUUUUCUUUUGUACUUACUUCAUGUUCAAGAAGUCUUAAAAAUACUUUUCUCAUAAUGAUCUUAAGGUCCAGUGUUCAAGGCUUAUAGAUUGUGUGGCGUGUUAUUUUCACAGAGGUUGGGGAAGAUAAUUAUUUUAAAGCCGUAAUUAAUAUGGACAAAGGGCUUUCUGAACAUUGGGAAACUUUUACUAAACUAUUCUGCCAAAACAUUUCAUUAGACACGAUGAAUUCUUCCCCUGUCUGAAUCACCUCGAUUGCAGAAGCAUACAUGACAUUUGUUCUGAAGGAUCCUUAUUUCCUUAUCGUGCCAACAUGUCUCUUAUUCAUGUUACAGCUUAUGUCUUUCUCUGAGCAAUAACAUAUAAUGGUGUGAUUGUUUGUGUGCCUCCUGUGUUUUUAGGUGGUAUUUAAAAAAGUGGCCAGAGUUUUUCAAAUGGAUAAUGCCAUGUGCUAUACCUCAUCUAUCCGUAACGAGCUACACUUAACGAUGGAAUUAUUUAGAUAUAAAGUAUUUACUGUAUUUGUCUAAUUUACACUGAAGUAAAAAACAUAAAAAGUUUGAAGUCACAUGGUUUAGUAUAGUUGUAUUGUAGCAAUCUACACCUCAUAAUGAAAUCGGAGACAUAUCAACUUUCCAAAUGUUUAUUAUUUUAUAUGCUGCAUGUAUGAACCAUUUUGGUUAAUCAUUUCAAAACAAUUUAAUCAUUUCGAGCCAUCCCUUUUUUUUAUAUAUAUAUAUAUAUAUAUAUUAUAGAAUAAGCAAUAGAAAGGGGAUUCACUUACAUUUCAUAUUAUGGUCAUUAAUGUUUUUUCUUCUUUUGAUUUCCUUUUCAUCCAUCUAGUCUCCAGCAGUGAGAGACUAAAUGCUAUAAUGCUUUUUUUAAACGCCUUUACAGGAUCUCCAUCGUAACAAACUAGUGAAGUGAAGAAGUACAAUGAUGCCAAACUGGAACAUGCACUUUGUUUUGAUCCCUUUCACAGCACUCAAGUGUUCUGCCGGUUGAAUCUAUUGUAUCUUUGCAUUACAAAUGUAUGUCUGUUUGCAAUAAUUAACUUAGAAAUGUUAAAAAAAAAUGUUAACACUGCCAAAAAAAAUGAAUAAAGGCAAACUAUUUGACUCUUCUAAUCA